AAGCUUGUCAAACUGUCUAGGCGGAAGUUUUCAAAUUGCUGAGUGAAAUGAAAUGAAAAUACAAAUUGUAGGUCGUUCCAAAUGGAUUUGCCCUUUGGCACACAGACUCCGGAACUAGAUGUACUCAUUGUGGGCGGGGGUCUCUCGGGCCUGACCUCUGCCCUCAAAAUCCUGGCCAUGGAGAGCACCCUGAAGGUGAGGCUCAUUGAGGCGAGCGAUGGCCUGGGCGGCCAGAUGGGUCAGAAUGGCAUACGACUGGUGGAUGCAGCACAGCAGGACAUGCUGGCCCUGCUGACCCUCGUCCACUUGUCACCGCGUCGGCGGAGGAGCGUCAGUGGCAGGCUGCGCAGAUGCUGGGAUCUGGAUCGUGGACUCACCGCUCUGCCGGCGAAAUUCGAACUGGGACGAUACAUCGAGAUGCUGGACUUGCGGAUGCCCAAGUUUCGCUCGAAGCGUUUCAAUCUGCGGGAGCGAGUGUCCAAUAUGGAGCAGCACAUCUGCCACCAUUUGUUCUUCAGCAAGUCGAGGAACUUCAUGCUCAGCCUGGUGGAGCUUGUCUGCGGCGUUCCGGCCAGUGAGGUGGACUACGAUGUCUUUAUGUCCGUCUGCAGCUCCUGUGGAGGUCUCAAAAUGCUGAUUGACUUCUACUUCACCUACCCGAGUAGCUUCUAUGAGAUAUCCACUCAGGCGCUGAUCGAGAGCAUUUUGGAGCAGCUGCAGUUCAUCACGAUUACGCUAAACUGCAGGGCCGUGAGAUUGGACCACUACAAGAACUACGUCCAGGUGACGGAUGAUCAGGGCAACAGGCACACGGCACACGCUGCCAUCCUGGCCAUUCCCUGGAACAAGGUGCAGAAGUUGGAGUUCGUGCCACCCAUACCCACGGCCUACCAGCCGCGGACGCCAUCCAAAUCUGGCCAAAAGCGGCGCCAGCUGAUCAGCCAGUUCCGGUUGCGAUACGGCAAGUCCGUUUGGACGGAUCUCGGCUACUCCGGUAACUUUCUCAGCUGCCAACCGCUGCUGGUCAGUGGCCACGAGUGUCGCCUGUCCAGCUUUUGCGGCUACGUGCUGCACGCGCCGGAGGAUCAGGACGAGGUGCUGCAGGAUGUCGUCGACCUGCUGGCCGAGCACUUUGGCGAGGAGAUGCGCCAGCCACUGGAGUGCCAGUGCCACACGGACGAGCUGAAUGCGGCGCAGCACAAGCCGCAGACCAAGCCCUGGCAUCGGGUCAUCUGGUCCAGCUCCUCGGCCGUGGCCACCAGCUAUCGCAGCCUGAUGGGCGGUGCGGUGCAGAGUGGCUUCCGGGCGGCGGUGAAUGCCGUCUUUGUGGUGCGACCCCAGGUGGUCAGCUGGAAGGACAUGCUCGUGGAGCGGCCCAAGCUCGCCCAGGAUGUUGUCGCCAGCGGCAGAAUCCGCGGACUGCUCAGUCGCCUCAAUCUCUACAACGUCACCUUCUACAGCUUCUUUGUGCUCGGACUCAUCUGGCUGCUGAACCUGGGUUAUGCCAGGGCAUUCUGAGGGAUAACCACAACUACAUAUACAUAUGUUUACCUUUAGCAAUUAAAGUGUCGUCUUCGAA